GGCGGCUAGUCGCGCGCUCGCUUUCCCAAGAUGGCGGCCGCUAAGGACGGUUGUGGAUUAGGAGAAGUGGCCGCAGGGAACGGCCGGCGGCUCCACCUGGGGAUUCCUGAGGCCGUGUUUGUGGAAGAUGUGGAUUCCUUCAUGAAACAGCCCGGGAAUGAGACUGCAGAUAUAGUACUGAAGAAGCUGGAUGAACAGUACCAGAAGUAUAAGUUUAUGGAGCUCAAUCUUGCUCAAAAGAAAAGGAGGCUGAAAGGUCAGAUUCCUGAAAUUAAGCAGACAUUAGAAAUUCUAAAAUACAUGCAGAAGAAAAAAGAGUCCACCAGCUCACUGGAGACUAGAUUCUUACUGGCGGAUAACCUGUAUUGCAAGGCUUCAGUUCCUCCUACUGAUAAAGUGUGUCUGUGGUUGGGGGCUAAUGUGAUGCUUGAAUAUGAUAUUGAUGAAGCCCAGGCAUUGUUGGAAAAGAAUUUAUCGACUGCUACAAAGAAUCUUGAUUCCCUUGAGGAAGACCUUGACUUUCUUCGAGAUCAAUUUACUACCACAGAAGUCAAUAUGGCCAGGGUUUAUAAUUGGGAUGUAAAAAGAAGAAACAAAGAUGAUUCUACCAAGACCAAAGCAUAAUGCUGGCAAUUAAAAAUGUGGUUCAGUUUUCAAAACAUGUUAUUUUAAGUACCCCAAAGUUUAUCCCUAAAGGUUGACAUUACUUUGACUGAUUUUUUUGAACAGUAAGAGCGGUAGUUAAAACUUUAAAAAACAAGAUAAACAUUUUAUUAUAAAA